CCUGAUAUAGGAAAGAACAGUUGAUGAAGGCAAAGAUCAUCAACAAUUACACUGCACAGACCUAUACAAACUGAUUCCUGAAUCACUUCUGAUAAAACAUUUCCUACAUUAUCUAAAACAUUAUCACACAGGAUUUUAACUUUGUAUUGUUCUCACUGCAGCUGUUAUUUUACACCCAUUUUCCUGAGAGCUUUUACAUUGUCAGUCUGAGCAGCUGGACCAACCAAAGAACAGCCCGCCUCUUUACGCUGACACCACUCUUACUAGAACAGCAGUUCAGUCACUAACAUUGAAGUGGUGCAGUCGUACUGUUCACGCAACAAUGAACUUUACUUUGAUAACAGCUUUACUCUGUACCUUCAGCUGGAUCUCUGUCUCAGUUUCUGAGUUUCACACUGUGGAGGUACAGCCUGGUGAAGAGGUCACUCUGCUGUGUACUAACUUUACAACUCAUCCCACUCACAUAUUCUGGUUCAGACUGAGCAACGAGCCCAACGCCAGCUCUAUCUGCUACAUGUCCAACUCUAAUGGCAAUGUUUCUUAUUUUGAUGGAUUUCAAAAUGGAAAAUUUAACAUGACAUCCAACAGCACUACUCUCUUUCUCAACAUCAAACCAGUGGAUUUAUCUGACACUGGACUUUAUUUCUGUGGAUUUCCCUCAAAUGGAAACUCAGUAAUUUCCAGUGCAACAUAUUUAAAGGUUCAAGAAAAGUCUGAUGAACUAGCAGAUCUGACGAGUGUGAUCCUGGGUGGUCUGAUUAUUUUCCUCUUUAUAAUCAUCAUUGUUCUGGUUUUCAAAAUCAGGAAACUUCAUACAGCACAUAAAGAGGGACACAAUCCACAACACAGUGAGACUCAGCUGUGUGAGAGGAGUCAUUUACAGAAUCUGGGCUCUGAUGAUCUGAACUAUGCAGCGCUGAGUUUCCUUCCAAAAGCCAAAAGGAGCAGAAGGCCUCCAUCAGAGAGAGAGCUGGAGCCAAAUGUUGUGUACGCUGCCACCAGAUAGACUCAGGAAACAACUGGAACAGCAGCUCAGAGUGGAACUGAUGCUUUGUCAUAUCAAUCUGCUUUUGGGGUUUUGUACAGUUGAUGGAUAGGAGGAUUUAUCAUCAAUGUCAAAAUAUUUGUAAUAAAGAUUUUGUGUCCGACCAAAUUGUUCAACCUCUGCAAGAAUUUUAAUUCUUACUUUAAGUAAGCCAAAGUCUCAUCUCAUUCUACAUCUGCAUCUGAGGGAAAAAGAAUAUGACUGAUGUGAGGAGCCAGUAGAGACACUGACGACUGUUCAGCGUUGAU